UGAAAUGACUGGUUUGGUUCUAAUUCCCCAGCAGAAGUGCAGACUAGGAACGUUUAAGAGUGCGUUCUUAAACUUGUUAUUAUUUUCGUUAUUGAAUGUUCGUGCCGAGCCUGGCAUACGCUUUUUCGUUUUGCAGAAAACCCCGCCCUCGUCGUGUCCACUCUUAGAUUGUCCAGAUGGAACGACGACCGACAGCUGCUGCCGCCGGCGCGACCGCGACGCGGACCCGGAGGUGGCCGAGCCCGACGCUACGGCUCGCGCUUCUCCUGCUUACGGGGGCGCAGCCGGCUCAUUGCUUGGGGAACGGUCUGGCCAGGACGCCGCCCAUGGGAUGGCUGUCCUGGGAGCGUUUCGGAUGCAACAUUGACUGCGUCAACGAACCCGACAACUGUAUCAGCGAGCGGCUGUUCAAGGAGAUGGCCAACGCUCUCGUGUACGAAGGCUACCGGGACGUGGGAUACGAGUACGUGAACAUCGACGACUGCUGGAUGACGCAGAAACGCGACGUGACCGGAAGGCUGCAGGCGAAUCGCACCCGAUUCCCCAACGGCAUCAAGCACCUCGCCGACUUCAUGCACAUUCGUGGUUUGAAGCUGGGGAUUUACGGCGACGUAGGGACAAAGACGUGCGCAGGCUACUGUGGCAGCAAGGGUCACCUGCGAGAGGACGCUCAGACCUUCGCCGAUUGGGGUGCGGACAUGGUCAAGAUGGAUGGCUGCUACGCCAGCAUCCGGGAAUACAAGAGGCUGUACGCAGAUUUCGGCGACGCUAUGAACAGGACUGGACGACCGAUGGUUUACUCGUGCAGUUGGCCUGCCUAUCAAAACUUCCGUAAUAUUACUGUAAACUACACGUUAAUCGGCCACCACUGUAACAUGUGGAGGUACAACUACGACAUCGACGACAUUUGGCAAAGCGUGGAGGGUGUCAUUGACUACUAUGCCAAGAAACAGGACGUCCUGGCCCGCGCAGCAGCACCGGGACGCUGGAAUGACCCGGAUAUGUUGGUCAUUGGCAAUUUCGGUUUGAGCUACGGCCAGAGCGAGGCCCAGAUGGCGCUCUGGGCCAUAAUGGCCGCUCCUCUGCUCAUGUCCAACGACCUGCGCCGUACGCGCUCAGAGUUUAAGAAGAUCCUGCAGAACAAGGCUGUCAUUGCUGUGAACCAGGAUCCACUGGGGUUAUCGGGACGGAAAGUACAGACGAAAGACGGAGUGGAGACGUGGAUCCGUCCGGUGACCCCCGUGGUAGGCGAGUCUGUCUACUCGUACGCGCUGGUCUUCUUCAACAGAAACAAAGGGGGAAACACUCGAAAGCACGUCACGCAGCUCAAGACUUUGGGACUUGACCACCCGCUUGGGUACCGUGUGACCGAUCUCUUCAAAAACAGGUUUAUGGGCGUGUAUCGCCCUGGCCAUUACUUGAAGGUGCGAGUCAACCCGUCGGGUGGUGUCGUCAUGGUGAAGGCAGAGGCCGUGCAGCCGGCGCCUUCCAUCCAUCCAACACCAUCACUGAACUUCUUACCGCCACAAGGGCUACCCGUGGGAGGCGGCGGAGUUACGGCCGGCACCAUGCAGCCACCGCAGCUACAGAACCUGCCCCCUCAGGACAUCGGAAACGGCAUCGGCGCGCCGUCUGGUUUCGCUGUGGGCACCGAACACUUGGAGAGGAUGCUAUAGUUUCCUAAGGUUUAGAGCAUGGCGUCUACGGGAAGCGUCUGAAGUCUGCCACCAUCGACAUAGCGUCGUUGCUUGUGGGCGUGGGCUUGUAUUUCCUGGACGUUGUAGCAGCGACGGAAAACGUGGGACCAGUGUGCUCUCUACGGAUGGCUAUGGAGAGUUGAACAGUGUUUGCUGAUAAGGAAGUCGUUUUAUUUGCCCUAGAUCAUGACUUGGGGUAGACAGAUAUUAGUGAGGCGAGUAGAACGAACCGUUGUGAGGUAGCUAUGCAGUGCAUUGAAAGUUUGCUUGUUCGCGUUACAUUUCUCGUUAUCUUCAGCGAGGCAGUACUCAGGCUCAUUAGUGAUAGGCCACUGCAGGUGCAAUAGAUUUUGAACCAAAUGACUAUGUGAGAAUUUUUUUAAAAUAUGAGUGUCAGUAGAAUACUUUGCGUCAUUGCUCUACUCGCCGUUAUCAUUUGAUAGCUUCACUAGCAGGCGAGCCGGUUGCGAACAUAGACCUUAAAGGGUGUUCAGUGCUAAUAUACAUUGCUUUGUGGUCUGUUAGAUUUAGCAAACAAGAGUCAUUUGUAAGGUUAUGGUUAACUGUCUCGGUCUCAUAGGCUAUGGAAUGAAAUUUAACUUGUUAAAGAGAUUUUGUUUGACUCACGCUGUAUUCACUGCUUUCUUCACUGUUUUCGUUAUAGUUCUUUUCACGCUUGUUUUGAUUUUGAAGACCAGCAGGCUCCCUUGACGCCAGUUUCGAAUAUCAACUAGAUCGAUUCUUGAAUAAAGUGCGCUGACUCGA